AUGGCUGGAAAAGGCGGUUUGUCCAAACUGGAUGUCGGAGUUUUGAGCACCGAGCAGCAGGAGAAGCUGCGACAGUUUAAGAUCAAGACGAGAAUCGACAACGAGAAAUACCUGAGGUCUCACCCGGAGGUCGAGCUGCUGAUCGGCGACUUUCUGAGAGACGUGCUCCUGAAAAGGCCGGUCGACGUCCGUGAGUUUGCUGCAGAUCACUUCACAAACCUUCAAGCGAACGUCGACCCCAAAACAGAAAGACCCAGCACGGUGGAGUAAAAGCUGGACAUACUCUUCUGCUUCAUUUCCAGAUUAGUAUCAUCCAGGAAGCAGAACAACAACAAGGAGCACGGUGGCAGCCCUUUCCUGAUAGCUGUGAUUAAAUCUAAUGAGCAGAGGAUGUCCUGUGGGUAUCACACCAAGCUGGAUGUCACAUCACACGCAUGGCUGUAAUAGGCCUUAUUAAAGACUUAAUUGUGUCCCA